AUCCAAUAAUCGACCACCUAUUCCGCAGCUUGAUUUACGCCACCACCAACUCCACAACCAACAAACUCCUCCUCCUCCUCCGCAACAACAACAACAACCUACUUCAUCACUGUCGCAUCAUCAUCAUCAUCAUCAUUUCCCCUACUCCAACCACCGUGAUUCUUCAGACAAUACACCGACGCCCACAUCAUCAUCCACCUCUCCUUCCCAACACCGCAUCGUGCUACCUCCACCACCACCACCACAACAACAACAACAACAACAACAGACGCCGACCGAAUACACUACCUCAUCACCCUCCUCCUCUCCUUACGGCUAUCGUCAUCAACAACCAUACCGCCCCAACAACAACAAAGGUAAUUACCCCGAGCCGUUAUUACGACGGAGCAGUACAGACGACAACACAGCCAACGCAACAGAACAACAAGCCUCUUUACGCCAAGCAUACGAGCAAUUAACAGAACGAUACCACCACAUGGAAACUUCGCUCACUACCAAAUACCAACAGAAAUCAAACGAAGCAGAAGAUUUGAAACGGCAGUUACAUGAUUUACAAGUAGAGAACCGAGUGUUGCGAUCAUUGGUGUUUGAACAACGACAAAAAGAUAAUACUGCGAGCAACGACACUACUCUUAUUCAUGAAAGCAUAUCCUCAUCCUCAUCCUCAUCAUCGCCAUCUGCUCCUCUUAUUACUGGUACUAUUACGAACAGUACUGAAAGUAAAUAAUAAUAAUAAUAAAAAAAACACUAAAUGACACAUAGUACAAAAGAGAGCCCCUUUUUUUCCUUGUAAAGCAAAAGCACGUUGAUAAUAGAACACAAAAAAAAAAACCUCUUUGUUUUUUUUUCGAAAUAAUGCGCAGUGGGUGGAUGAUGACCGAUGUGGGUGUGAGGGAAUAGACAAAAAAAAAAA